AUGCCCCAACGGCUUGUAUCUGAUCUUCAGGUACUUGUGGCCGAAACAAGACGGAAGUACCCCGAGGUACGGCAGGCUGCCGAAAAUGUACUGCAACGCCUUCAGGGUGACGCAGAAAGCACGCUUGCUACACUUCGAUCAUGCCGUGAUCUAUCGCAGCAUACGCUGCUGCAGACGAUCAUCCUAAGUUGUGAGACACGCACACCGAAAGUGAUCCAAAUAUCGUUAUCACUCCUUCAACGGAGUAUCACGCUACAUGCGUUGCCCGACGAGGCUAUCUCUAUGGUGAUUGACGUGCUGCACAAACUGCUGUCUGCCCCUGGCAGGACAGACGUCGAUGUCCAGCUCAAGAUUUUGCAGACUGUUUCUGGUCUCUUGUCUAUGUACCCUAGUGUGACGAAUACGCAACUCUCGCGUGCGCUCAUGCUCUGUUUCACGUUGUAUGAGCAUUCACGUGUCGCCGUCGUAAGUUCGACGGCCGCAGCGACGUUGCGCCAGAAUAUCAUGAUGGUGUUUGAAAAAGUCCAUGAAGAAGACAACUUGUUUGAUUCGAUCAAAAACGAGGAUGCUGCGGCUACAGCACCUUUGCCUGUAGCCACAGCACAGCUCCCAGAUGGACCCGUGACGCUCUUCCCCUGCUCGUCGGACGCGUACCAUCUGCUGAAUGACUUGUGUACACUGGCGGAUGGCGAACCUGCUACAUUUCUUCCAUUGCAGGCGCUUUCAAAGCCUUUCGUGUUGGAGCUGCUGGAGAGUGUGCUUAUCAACCACCCACGGCUCUUUUCGCAAGGGCGCCAUCCGGAGCUGGUGUACAUUCUGCGCAGCGCUGCCUGUCCCUUUCUGCUGAAAGCACUCAGUGAACCGCACUCUUUCUCAAUCUAUGUCCGCAUUGUGCGUCUGGUACGCUUGCUGCUCCGUGAAUUUAGUGAAGAGGUGGUGCUUGAAAUUGAGAUUCUGUUGCAGGCGCUGCUACGUACGACCGAUGAAAAGCAUGCGCUCUGGCAGCGUGUGCUGGCAUGGGAGACCAUUCGUGCACUUUGUGCUGAUGCAUCGUUUUUGCAGCGGUUAUGGGACUGGUACGAUGGCCGUGGUACGCCACAGCCACCUGCCGUGCUGGCCGGUAUGAUUGCUACGCUACAACAGGCGUCGCGGCGUGCGAAACAUGGCCUCUUACUGGACCAGCAUAUGGUGGCCGCGUUGGAGCAGCGCCCAUCGCAGCCGACCACCCCCAGCCGACGUACCAGUCAAACUCUUUACAAUGCGGCGAUGGCCGGUGUGAAGAGCGCCGCAGAAGGCUUUCUCAGUGGCCGGCAAGAUACUCUGCAGCCGUCCAGCCAGCCUGCGGUCGCCUUGCUCGACCAGCUGGACAAGAUGGAAGCGCCCAUGGUGGGUACGGCGAUAUUACCGGCCACCUAUGUCCCGCUACUCCUCCUCCAGUCACUCAUGUACCUGGCCCAUGGCCUCGCUGCCAUGCCACCAUCGUACCAGCAGGCCAUGCUUGCGGUGUGUUCCCAUCCGCUGAACGAGAGUUUGUGUGUAUUUCUGACAGUGCAAGGCGCAGAUGAGUACUUUGAGCAGGCGCUACAGGCGCUGGCCACCCUUGCGCAAGUCACAGGCAAGUGCCCAAGCCUCGAGAAGGAGCGCGAUCGUCUGCUAUCGUCGCUGUGUGAUGUGGCCGUGCCUAGCUCCGCGUACAGUACACGGCAAGUGCAUUCACGCAACAAGGCGGCGCAGGCGGCAUUGGCGUAUGUAUGUUGUACUCUCGGCCCGCAUCUAGGCACGCGCUGGCGCGUGCUAAUGCAGUGCCUAGCCCAGGCGCUCGCGUGCUUGGGCCAGGAAGAGACAGCGAAGUUGCCUGCCGAACUGGAUGCGCUGGCAGGCAUUACAGAAGGUCCACGACGGUGGCUCUCCCCGGAGAUGCAAGACAAACUUCCACGACUUCUACGGGGCGUAUUUGAGCAGGCAGCGACGUGGGACGACGUGACGAUGGAUCAGUUUGCGCAAACGCUGAUAGAGUUGACGCAGGACCAAAUGCGCGAUGCGCCGGACUCCAGUCCCUUGCCUGACGUCCUUGUGAGUCUCCUCGAGCGAUUUGCACGCUGUGGGGCCACACGCAUGGUGGCGCGCAUGCCGCAAGGCGCAUGGCCCACGCUGCAGGGGCUGCGUGCACACAUUGCCUCGGCAAGCAUCGCAGCGAGGCGUCGACUGAGCGCCGCGCACGUCUAUACUGCGACGAUGUAUGUCUUCUUCCGUGCGUUACCCACGAAGGAUGGGAGUCAGCAACGGUGGCUUAUCCAGGAACUCACGGCCCUCGCGAUUCUCGAGCAUGGCGUACAGGCUAGCGAUGUAUCGAUUCGCCGCGUAGCGCUGGAGACGCUGCAUACACUGUUGGCAUCCCAUGGGCACAGUGUGCAUGAUGGAUGGGAUCUGCUGCUAAAGGCCUGUGACGCGGCUGCGCAGGAUGCACAGGCCAUACGCGAGGCCGGUACGGCGCCUGUGCCGAUGCUGCGUACAGCGUUUGCAUGCUUGCAAUUGAUUUGCGCGUCGCAUAUUCAAGGCCUCAAAGACGCGGAUGUGGAGCGGUGCAUGCAAGCGCUGCCGAGCUUCAGUCGGCAGCAGGAAGAUGUCGCGAUGGCGCUCUCAGCGAACGCUGCGCUGUGGGACUUGACAGAGGAAGUGGAGCGGCGGCAAAAGACACAUGCAGUGCAUUUGUGGCUCACGCUCUUGCAUCGCUGGCGCGAUGUGGCACAGGUGCCGCAGGCCGAUGUCGCGAAUGGGGCGCUAGCGCACCUGUUUCAAGUGCUGGUCCAGUACGGCAGCUCCUUACGUGCCGAAGACUGGGAACGUGUGAUGAAGGAAGUGUUACUACCACUCCUCGAAACGCCGCCACUUCCACCCCUCGCUUUCGAAGGUGCCGCGCAGAUUUUCUGCAUGGUCUCCGUACUGCAUUCGAUGCCGUCCUGGGCGUCCAUUUGGUCGCGAUGGCUUCGUGUUGUCGAGCAGACGUAUGCACAUGGCGAUGCCCGCGUCGGCCAUGCAGCGAUUGAUGCACUGCGGCAGAUGGUUCAGCACGAUUCACAUCCUGCCGUGACGCAGUGGCCUGCGACGUGGGCAAGUGUACAGGCGCUGUGUACGAUGCGACCGCAAGCGUCGCUGGACGACCUGCAUGCCUUGGUCGAGCUACUCCAGGCCCUGUACCAGCAGCGCACGACUGCGUGGCAAGAGCAGGAGCAAGGCCACAUGCUGGAGGCGCUGCGUACGUGCCUUAUACAGGGCCUGGCACGGGUGGAGCCGUCCACGUUGGGCGCCUUGCAGCGCCUGGCCAUGAUGAUCAAAUCGACCAUGGAUGAAGUACGCACCGCAGCACCGAGCGCGGCCUUGGCUCAACGGACUUUGGUAUGCAUGCAAGCCUGCAUGGAGGCAGCAUGGGACCGAUCAAGACAAGCGUCUUCGUCCACGCCACCACGCAUCCAGACAGCGUGCAUGGACUUGGCGCGCACAUGGCUGCAGUACUGGCUGGCGACGUACCAGCCCACGUCGGACGAGGCCACAUUGUACGUGGACGCCGUACCGGCGAUGCUGGUAUGGCUCUUGGCGCCCCUGCAUGCGUUCCCUGGUGUGCCUCCCGCCCAUAUUUGGUACACGGCCAUGGACGUGCUCACGUGUAUCCAUACGCACGGCCCUCGUGCCGUAUCACGUGUCCCGAAUGCCACGCCCUUUUGGGAGGCGCUCUUCGCCACGACGUCGCAGAGUGUACGUGCACGGGCCCAGCAUGUGCUUCGUGCAGACGAGUGCGAGGCGGUGCAGAAGUUGCUUUGCGCGCUUGAACGGGAGACCAUGCCGCGCGCAGGUGCGCAAGCCGACGCCCACGAGCCGCUUACGACGUUUGUACCAACGCUGGUCCUGGCCACACACUUGUAUCAGACGCGACGUACGCCGCAUCGGCCGACCUACACCCCACCAUGGGAAGAAGUGGCGUACCUUGUGUGGGAUAUGCUAUGCCGACUGUGUGACGCUGCGACCACGCCGGAUGAGCGGCAUAUCGCGUCGCUCGUCCUGCCCAUUGUCCUGACCCGCUGUGCGGACCUGCUCACGACCUACGUUGCAGAUCUGCAAGUACGUGGCGCGAUGCCAAUGCCACGCAUCUACAUUGAAGAAAUCAACUAUAUCCUUGCCUUUGUUGAACGACUGCAGGUGCCGAGUGACGUAUCUCUCCCUGGCGCCCCCACCGCCACGUCGCCUGCGCAGCACUUGUUCCUACUGGGGCCGGCUCUGGACGCUAUGGCUACGAUGCCGAUGAACGUGUGUGCGGCCCCACAGACGGCCUUUGUGGGCUCGUCACUGCGUUCGCAGCACGAUACAGCCGACCCGGUGCAGCGCACCUCGCCGCAAGCGCUCGCCCAGAAAGCGCUGGUGCGUCGUACGGCCGCGCUGAUGCCCACGUGA